UCCCAGCAAUGUAAACAGCUCGUUUCGAAGAUAGUUCUUCGAUGGUUCUGCGCCCAAAACGUGCCCGCUCAACAAUUACGUCAGACUUUGAUACUUAUCAUAACCGAUCAACGUGUGUAAGUGCGUGAUUGGGACUCUCGACGGUUAUGUCACGUGUUUCCCUCAUGAAGAAAGUGUUCAAAGUCUAUUUGCAGCAGUCUUGACGUGACCUUUUCUGUUUACUUGAUAUAUCUCGCUUUCGGAUAUUGUCGAUAUCAAGUAAGUACCAAUAAUUUCAAACAGUCCCUCGUCACACAUACAGAGUACACGUCGAAACUUGUCAGUUAUCAGUUCUUUCAGGUAUCAGUAAUUAGUCGAACCUCGAAAAAAAAUAAAGCAGUGCGUUUACGCGGACAAAUUAUUGCGGCAAACAAAUUGAAAGAGAUCAGAAUCUCAAUUAAGACUGAGUCGAUAGAGAGAAAACGCAACAUUCAGAAGGCGACAAACGUUAAAAAUGGGCGAAGCAUUGAAAAGUGUAUAAGUGUAUUUUAUCAAUGUAAUAUCUGCAAACAGAACUUCUGUCUGAAGAUGGAUAUGACAAAGCGACAUCUCGACGAGGUCGAACGUGGCACAAAUAAAUCCAGCAGUUGCAACUAUGAAAGUAGCGAUAUGGAUGGUAUAUUGCUGAAGAGCCGCAUACAACAUCUUCAACCAAACAAACAAGAAAGAACCAACAUUAUGCAGCCAGGACCAUACUUGAAGAAUAAUUUGUGCGGCAAAAAUUCCACCGAGGAGAGCAGCACUAAAAAGUACUUCAAAAUUUCGAAACAAUGCAAAAUUUGCAAACAAUACUUUCACGAAAUAUAUGAGUUGUAUGAUCACUACGAGAAGGACCACAAAUAUCACUUUUACAAAUGUAAAUAUUGCAACUUCAAAACCAAAUAUAAGACAAACUUAAAAAGACACGAGGGAGCACACAUAAAAAAACCGAGCAACGGCAACUACAAGUGUACUGAGCCCGGCUGUAACAAGAUAUAUAAGGAUAAGUAUGCUUUGAUGAUGCACAUGACACGUAACCAUAAAAAUAAGAUGGAAAGCAAUACUAUGGAGCUGGGACCGUCUUCAGAGAGUAAUCUAUACGGCAAACUUUUCAGCAGAACGAAAAAUGAAAAGCACAAAGUUUCUAGAGAAUGCAGAAUCUGUGGUCAAAUUUUCCGUAAUAAAUCAAUGUUAAUAGAUCAUUCAGCGACGGUUCACCACCAUUGCGUGCACAUAUGUGAAGACAAAACAUGCAAUUACGAAACCAACAGCCUGCAAAACAUGCAAAAGCAUUUUUUAAUAAAGCACAUGAAUAAUGAAAACUAAGUAUGUAGUGAGACUGGCUGUAACUGGGUGAGAAAAGAUUAGAAGUAACUAAGACAAUACGAACGACGCGUUCACCCUGACAAAUAAAACAAAAGCAGUAUUGAGAACACAGGGCCGUCCUCACAGAGUGACCUGUACGGCAAACAUUUCGGAAGAAGCCCCAGCAUUGCGAAGCCCAUAAGUAUACCUCAGAAAUGCAAAACCUGCAACGGAAUGUCCCUUUCUAAGCAAAAAUGGAAAAAAUACUUCAUAGAUCUUUAUAAACAAUCCAUCCGCAACUGCAGCCAUGGUUAACUAUGUAUUUAACAAAGACAAUAACUUGCGAAGACACAAUGUACGAAAUCACACGGACAAUUAUGACUAAAGGUGUACUGAGCCUAUCUAUAACAGAAAGUAUAAAUAGUAGGCAGAUCUGAAGACACACAUACAAUCGUCCUGUCAACCAGAAGAAAAGCAAAAGUGCGAACCCGUGGGAGUCUUCCGAGAGCGACUCAUGCAGCAAACAUUCCAAAAGAGGGAGCAGCAUUGAAAAGUGCGUAAAUGUGCCUCAGCAGUGCAAAAUUUGCAACCAAGGUCUCGAUAGGAAGAGAAAGUUGACACAUCACCUCUGAACAGAUCAAAGGAUAUCGCAUCUGCAUCUGCAACGAUUGCAAUUACAUAUCUAACAUUAAACAACACAUGAUAUGUCACGUUGUAUGAAAACACAUUGGCAAUUACAACCAUGUGUGUAAUAAGAAUGGCUGCUAGGAGAAAUUCAAACUCGAACAGGAACUGAAUAAACAGAUAUAUGCUGCCAUGACAAUUUCUUAUUUGGUCUGAAAUAAGAUAUAUAGCAGCAAGAGUGGUAUAUUGGACUUAUACGUUGUACCACAUGGCACAAAACCUACGCCUACAUCUGAAUCUACUACAGCACGAGUUACGAGCGUACAUCCAGCGGCAGUCUUUACGCAGUUACAUGGAGAAAAUACAUUCCAAUUCACUUCCAAUCCCAUAAAAUGAUAGUCGGUAUCAAGAGCAUUUUUGCAAAAUUUCUAAAGAAGCAAUGACAAAUUGGCUGUCGAAUCGAAUCGAGAAAGUACAAGAAGGAUGUGAGGAAGCAGUUUGUGCUUAAUUUGUUUAUAUACAGUUUAUUUAUACCCACACGCGCCUAUAUACACAAAUACGCAUACACGCUCAACAUAUGUGCUGAACCAUAUAUUCUCUUAAACGCUCAAACGCACACAGACACACAAUAUCCGCGCAUAUUAAAUAUCCUACAUUGUAUCUUUUUGUAAAAUUAUAUAUUUAACCCUUUUUAAAUUGUGUUUUUAUCGCUAGACAUGUACUCGCACUAAUUCUAUAUCUUCUACAUUUUAUUCCAUAUGCGCGCGCGCACGUGUAUGAGCGUGUACAUACGCAUACACGCAUAUACAUGCUCGCACCCAAUUUGUUCUGUGGAAUAAUGAGACCGGUAUAUAGAGAAGAAUUGAAGGAUGAUUAUAUGGCGAAUGUUGUAACUGUAUACUUUGCUUAUAUGACGAGCUGAAUAUAAUAUUAAAAUUUAAUUUUAUGUAAUGUGA